UCUCCAUUCUCAAGAUUUGAUUUAAAAAUCAAAAUUCACACUACAGGAGUUUGAAAAAUGUUGAGAUUAAUUUCUUGGAUCGAAACCGACCCAAAUGAUACUGAAGGGUUUAUUAUUCCUUGCAUUAAGUUUUUCUAUUAAAACUUUGAUUUACUUUAAACAAAUAGAUUAGAUCAUCGGGAAAUGAAGAUGAAUACAUUAUUUGUCUCUCUAUCUUGUAUACAGUGUGUAGUUCACUCUUAGCCAUAUCCUCCGGAGUAUAGCCUCCAUAUAUCUAUCUAUCUAUCAGCUGUUCAACCCCCCAGUAGUCAGCUCUCUCCUCCGCUCAACGCUACCGGAGAAUCAGCGCGGCAAAGCGCCGCCGCGCCGCGCACAGCGCGUAUUUUGCAUAUGUAUGUAUCGGUGUCAGUCAGUGAGUGCAUGGAGUUUGAGCUUUGCAGAGAACUGUUCUAGUUCUCCGGUAGCCAGUGCUCAGUGCACAGUGCUAAAGUGUUGACUAGGAUAUAUAGAUAUUUAUUUAUUUAUUAAUUAACUUCGGAAAAGAAAGGUCUUUUCUUCCCUCAGCCUGGUUUAAGAAUAAUCGGAUUUAACAAGAGAAACAUCAUUGAGAGGAUUACAGACAGUCUAGAGUCCUUAGGGGUGUAUGGAGGUCUAGAUCUUGAAGAUUAUAAAAGAGGAGAAGAAAGAAGAAGAGAACAAAGUCCAACUUCUAACAAAUACCAACUAUCCAAAAUGACGGCAGGAAGUUCCAUAUUGAAGAAUUUCUCGUGGCCUCUGAGAACCAAGAAGAGGCCGAGGUCAGGGUCAGCUGGAUCCUGGGAUCUCAAUAAUAAGAAGAAAAAUGUUUCAUCAACACAACAUAAAAAAUUCGGAGGAUGGAAGGGUGGGAAUGAACUAGAGAACCCUGGCUCUAGUCUAGAGAUCGUUGCUCCUGCUACAUCUGAUGUUGAGUUCAAGUAUACCUGGCCAAUACAAAGCUUUGUUCAUCAGGUAAAGAGCUGUAAGACGGAGGGACUGGAUUCUAAACCUUUUGAUAUUAACGUUAACGGAGUUCAAACAACAUGGACGCUCUCUGUGAGGCGAGCUGAGAAAAACCAGGAGAUAGCGGUUAAAUAUAAAUUUGGAAUUCUCAACAGACACACUGAGGAGGCAGAGAUGGGGCCCCCAGACAGGGUGUCCCUGAAGUUGGAACCUAAGGAGAAACUUCAAUCUAUCGGAUACAAGAACAUUGCCAUGAAUGAUAAGCAUGUCAAUGCUGCUGGGGAUGUUUUGCUUUUUGUAAGGUUGUCUAUUAUCCGCGAAGAGGAGGCUGCACACAGUUUAUCCUCUGACCUCGGUUCGCUAAUCAACGAUGAGAAAUCCUCCGAUCUUAUCCUUGAGGCCGGGGAGAGGUAA